CAGGUGUUCAAGUUUUAAAUGAAUAAGUUUCUUGUGCGAUAGAUAACAGGGCGUCACCAGUCAUAACCUACAAUUUGAAGCUUGAAUGGCGGCGGACGGAUCAUGAGUGAUGAAAGCAUUAACGAAGGGCUGCUGGAGAAGCUGCGGGUUUGUGCGGUCAAACCUGGGGAGAACAUCGAACAGCUGAGGUCGGUGACAGCGAGGCUGCAUGGCAGAGCGGCGUCACAAGACAAGAACGUCAGAGAGGUGACCCUAGAACGGCUGAGACGCAAGAAGCCAGAUCUGAUAGCUCUGUUGCUCAACCUGCUAGAGAACAUAAGGGACCAAAUUACUGCAGCUAGCAUUGCAGGGAUUCUUCAUGAGUGUAUUUCUCCUAAAUCAGGUGGAAGCAGGGGUGCUUCCCUUAGGAGGUUGGUGGAUCUAAAUGCUACCAACAUAAUAGUCAAGAUGGUCAAUCAAUGUUCUUCUCCGUCCCAAACUUCCUGUGUUCCAGAGCCUCUCCUUCAGGAACUUAUUUUCAUCCUGGGACAACUUGCCCAGAAAGAUAGCAAGUUCUCGCUGAAGGUUCGGCUGCUGAACAGUGUCAAAACAUUCCACUACUUGUUAAGGAUUCACUACCACAAUCACAACAAGAUGUUGGUGCCUGUCCUCAUCAUUGUGAAGACUCUAGCAAGAAACGCAAACACCACUGCCUUGCUGGUAAAGGACGGCAUUGCCACCACGAUGGAGAAAGCUCUCGUCCAGAUCGGGUUUUCUCCCAGCAUUCGUCUACGGCUUCUGCUCAACGUGCUCAAUUAUCUGACAAAAAAUAACAGAUUCUGCGCGUGGAUGGUGCGCACUGGUCUGGUCCAGAUGAUGGUGAAGAUGUUUGAAAGGUGGGAGAGAUACGAUGGCAAAAUGAGAAUCAAGAUAUGUAACUACACACUGCUUACUUUACAACAUGUCUGUACUACAAAGGCAGGUCGUAACGCGAUCCGAGGCUGUAACGGACACUCGGUGCUGUACAAGUUCUGUCUGUGGUGUCCGGACGAGAAGAUGUACGACGGGCUGAUGACGAGGGUUUGCAGCAUCGUCAGCAUGUGCAUGGAGCGUCGGGAACUUCCGUUAGCAUCGUUACAGAGUCCAGCACAGUUUCAGCUGCCAGCCGACACUGUGGUGUCGGACCGAGAGCUGGAGAGUGACGACAGCGGGGGAGAUGAGAGCGGAGACGAGGGCAGAGAUGAUGAUUUCGACGACAGGGACUUGAGUACUCAGAACUGUGGUCUCCCACCAACCGCCCAGCGGGACCUUGCGGACUUGAAAAUGUAUGAUGAGUUCUGGUGUGAAAUGGGCGCGCAAGAUUCUCCCCCCAGCAGCCCUCUGGCAGCAGACCUGCCUACCACUCUGCUCUCCUCUUAUGUGUUCGCAUCUUCAGCACAUAUCUGCAGGUUCUCAGAUUCAGACGACGUCAAUCUUCUAAUGUUGUCUGAUGACUGUACACGUUGUCCUCAAAUUAACUCUAAGAGUGUGACGUUGUCGGCACUAAGAUUCAUCAAACCGGAUGCGACAGGUCGCACUGUCUACUGUCACGUUGCUUCCCGUGUGCGACCAGUGCUGCCGUUUGUGAAGGUCGCGUAUCCUGACCUGGUAGCGGCUGAGAGUGUCGCGUACGACGAACCACUCAACACCAAGGACCGUAGGACUUGUCGGGCAAAACUUUUAACGAGUGUGGAGCGGGGACUGAGACAGGAGAAUGCCACCAAAGAAGUAUGUUAUGACUUGGAUCAGCUGUUGGCAAAUCCUUCCAGCAAAGUCGUCAGAGACCUUGGAAAUUCUGAUGAACAACGAGUUGGUACAAAGGAGUUCAACCAUUCCAGGCUUGUGUUCGAGUCUAGGUUUGAAAGUGGCAAUCUCCGUAAAGCGAUACAGAUUGGGCCAAGGGAGUAUGAUCUCAUAUUAUCACCUGACGUAAACUCUACUGAACAUUGUACCUGGUUUUAUUUUGAGGUGUCCAAUAUGGAGGCUGGUGCACCUUAUGUGUUCAAUAUCAUAAACUGUGAGAAGGCCAACAGUCAGUUCAACUACGGCAUGAAGCCUAUAUUGUUCUCAGUCAAGGAAGCAAUGUUAGGCCGAGGUGGCUGGAUGCGGACUGGCUCGGACAUCUGUUACUUCCGCAACGCAUUCCCCUGCGGCGGCAAGAAACGGACCUAUCUCUCGCUCACGUUCACAGUCAAGUUCCCUUACAACAUGGACGUCUGCUAUCUGGCGUAUCACUACCCUUACACAUACUCCCAGCUACUGAGCAAGCUGUGGGGUUGGAGCCAGACGGUGUGUCGUGAGUCUGUCUACUUGCGAGCGGAAAGUCUGUGUCAGACGCUCAACUUCAACGAGACUCCUGUCGUUACCAUUACGGCCCCGUCUUCCUACCGUAACCCGAUACAGGACAGGGAGGUGAUAUUCCUGACUGCCCGUGUACACCCUGGAGAGUGCAACUCCUCUUGGAUCAUGGAGGGAGUGCUGCAAUACCUACUGAGUGAUUACCUCCCCGUGGUCCGGGCUCGGGACCAAUAUGUGUUCAAGGUAGUGCCCAUGCUCAACCCCGAAGGUGUCAUCAACGGAUGCCAUCGCUGUGGACUGACCAAUGAAGAUUUGAACCGCAGAUGGAGUAACCCUAGUCCAGUGUUGCACCCUGUCAUAUACCACACCAAGGGCCUGAUAGAUUACAGUGUAAAAGUCCUGAAGAAAGUUCCGUAUGUGUUCUGUGACAUCCACGGCCACUCGAGGCGUAAGAAUGUGUUCCUCUACGGCUGCAGCAACCAGGAGUCUUGGUUGUAUCAGGAUAGGGCCAAGCUUGAUCAGCCCCUAGACUAUCUGGUUCUGCCAAACAUAAUGCAGAACUACUGUGCUGGAUUCUCCCUUCCUCUGUGCAAGUUUGGUUUUGAGAGGCACAAGGAGGCGACUGCUCGGGUCUCGGUGUGGCGCGAGUUUGGAGUCAAACGCAGCUACACCAUGGAAUGCAGCUUCUGCGGAUGGGACAUCGGCAUUUACAAGGGUAACCACCUGAAUACCUCUCAUCUGAAGGAGGUUGGCAGCAGUUUGUGUGGAGCUAUAGCAAGUCUGAGAGAAGAAACCAGCUGGAGACAACAGUCUGCUCAGAACUCGAGUGUAGACACUACGUUGUCCUUAGGUACGGAGGCCAGUCAGAUUUCUCUCCCUGAAGCUGGUGAAAACUCCGACUCUAGUUCUGAGAGCAACGAUGAGGACGAAGUCUCCUAAUCCAACUUAGGACAUUUUCCACGCUGUCAAUUGUUUUAAGCUUUUUUUGCAUUUGUAGAGCUAUGUGUUUUCAAUGUCAAGUUAGAAAAAUCUGUGUUUUUAAUCUCAAAAACUGUGUUCAUAUUUCAGCCUUUGAUUUUGGAAUGAUAAAAAUUAAUGUGUGAAUAAAUUUAAUUUUGUUCUAGCUUAAACUUUUUAUGGUUGGCUUGGUUUUGAAAAUUGUGGUUACUUUACGCUUCAUAUGAUUAAAAUUAGACUGAAUCUAAAAUAAUCUAGAUGUUUCGUCGCUUUACUGUAUCGUGAUAGAAAUGUUUUAACCAUGGAUUGUUUGUAUUGUACCAUAUACUGGUAUUUUGUCUGUAUGUGGUAUUAAUUAAGUGUAGCACACAAUUGUACAUUUUUGGUCAAAUCUCUAAAUUGUGACUGUAACUACUCAAUGUCAUCGUUCGCUACUCAAUUUUAUUCCGUUCCGAGUUGGAUACUCGAACAAAGGAAUCACUAGUGGAGGGUUUGCUGUGGUUCCUACGUCUAGUUGAAAUGUUGAUCUCUUAGCUGAUUGGCUUUUGCCUAAUUAAGCUGUUCGCCUUUUUUUAUAUUUUCAAAUAAGUAUUUUAUCAGAGAAAACACUAAACACUUAAAGUGAAUUGGUCCAACUCUCCAAAUUUUCUUGUCAAUAUUCUGAAAAUUCGACUUGUUAUUCUAACAGCAAAGUCUGAGACCCUAACCUUUAAGUUAGCACUAGCAAAGUAACAUUCAAUUAACAUUUUCUAUUGAGAGAAAUAAAGAAAAAGUACUUUU